UACUUUUUUUAUUAAAUGAUAAUACUGCCAAAAGUAUAAAGAAGAGAAUAAAGCUUAUCUUAAAAGCUUUUAUUUGAAAAGUAUGUGGUAAAAAAUAGUUAAAACUUUAUUGUGGUUUUUCUGGUGAACUUUUUUAUUUGGAAAUUAUUGUGAUCGAUAUUAGCGUAUGGUAAAUAUGGAUAAUUUCGGACAACCAGAUUACGGACAACCGGAUUAUGGACAAUCACAAAUUCCUCCAGUUCAACCAGGAGUUCGACCGUUUGUCGAUCCAGAAGCUGAAGGAGAAGUUGAUCCAUCUAGAUACCCACAACCAAAAGAAGCUACACACAAAAUUCGUGGAAGAUCCGAUUUUAUUGAAUUAUUAUGCGGAUCUGUGGAUCAGGAGUUAUUAACUGUGAAAACCUUUUAUUUUUUCUUUUAUUCAGCAUUCGGAUCGUUAUUCCCGUUAAUGGGUGUAUAUUUUAAGCAAAUGGGUAUGAAUCCAGGUCAAUGUGGUUUAUUAAUUGGUUCACGACCAUUUGUUGAAUUUUUGGCAGCUCCAUUUUGGGGUGGGUUAGCUGAUAGAUGGCAAAAAGGUAAAAUGUUAUUGCUGUUAUCAUUAUCAGCAUGGAUUAUAUUUACAUUACCUCUUGGAUUUAUUCAACCCCCACCAACGGGUUGUUUGGAAAAACAGAAUAAUACAAUGGUCAUUCGUACACCAAACUCCAAAGAAAUGUAUAAACGAUCUAUCGAUGCCGUAGAAAGAUUUGAUAAAAAUUCUUCACCGAAUAACAAGAAUCCAGAAUUAUUUUUAAUUAGUGAUGCUGAUUUUAAUAAGGCCCUUGCACAAAAUACAAAUCGUCAAAAACGUUCAAUGAGAUCAUUAGCAAUAAAUGCUGGUCAAUCGCCAGUCAAUAUUGAUUCAGCAUUAAAUUAUCAAGAGAAAAUUCAUAAAUCCUGGGUUCGACCGAUAUUUUCAUCGAUUGUUUAUCAAACUUCGGAUAUACAAAAAGCAUUUUUCUUGUUACUGUUAUUAGUUAUAAUUGGAGAAUUUUUCAGUGCUCCAGCUAUUACUUUAGCUGAUUCAGCUGUAAUUACAUUAUUGGGCGAAGAUGCCGAUAGGUAUGGUCAUCAAAGAAUGUUUGGUUCAUUGGGAUGGGGAUUAGCUAUGUUCUUCGUAGGGAUCGCUUUAGAUCAUUCGACAGCAUUUCCAGAUCAUCCAUGUGGUCCGGGACCCGGAGAAAAGAACUACACUAUUUGUUUUGCAACAUUUUCUGUGUUAAUGGGUGCUGCGUUAAUUUCAGCAACUCAAAUUAAUUUUAAGUACGAUUAUUCUAGUGAACCAGAGGAACCUGUAGCGAAAAUUAUUCCUCCUCCCAGUCAAGAAGAUCAAUUACAAGCUCAAUUGGCUACACAAUUAAAUUUACCUGCUUUAGCUGAUACCACAGCAGCGUCUGUAAACGCUCCACCGAUUGAGGGCAAGACUAAAAUGUUUGCUCAAACAACACGUGAAAUUCCCGAAUGGGUGACAGUUUUGAAACAAUUUAAGGAUUUAAAAUGUGCAUCGUUUUUGUUCGUCGCAUGGUUUAUGGGCUUUGGUAUUGGUUUAAUAUUUACAUUCUUAUUUUGGCAUUUACAAGAUUACGGUGGUUCACCCACAUUAUUCGGCGUGGCAUCGGUUAUUAAUCAUAUUUCAGAAAUUUUCGCAUAUUUCUUUAGUUUUAAAUUAAUUAAACAAAUGGGUCAUGUUAAGGUAUUAUGUCUAGGUUUAGUCGGAAACGUUAUUCGAUUCUUAUAUAUUUCAUGGCUACAUAACCCAUGGUGGGUAUUACCAUUUGAAUUCAUGCAAGGCAUAACACAUGCCGCUGUCUGGGCUGCAUGUUGCUCGUACAUUGCUCAUAAUACACCUCCACAAUUACGGUCAUCGGCUCAAGGUGUUUUACAGGGUAUCCAUCAUGGUUUGGGUCGUGGUUGUGGCGCUGUUUUUGGUGGUAUGUUUGUUAACUAUUUUGGAUCAACCGCCACGUUCCGUGGUUACGGUGUCUGUUGUUUAAUGGUGUUAGCUGCCUUCAUUUUCAUUAAUUUCUACCGGAAAGAACAAGGUUUUGUAUCAGAGAUUCCAACCACUGAAGAUCCACAUCAAGUGGCUGAAGAAACAGCACAUUUAGCUCCGCACGGCGUUCCAAGUAAUCCAAUACCAAGAGCUUUGUCCAGCACUCGGCUUCAUGACUUAGCUAGUCAGGAUGGAUAUGGUGCCACGUAUCAAACUAGUGCUGAUGGUAAUUUAGGAAUUCCUGGUGCUGGAGGUGGAAUGGCUGCACCUCCAACAAAUCCAUUCUUUAAUGGGGCCGGUAGUGCUGGUGGUGGGGGUGGUGGACAAUAUAGAGCUCCUGAACCUGCUUAUCAAAGCAGAGGGGGCUUCCAGACCAAUAAUCAGCCAGAUUUGAUACAACAGCAAUGCACAAUGGCAGCGUUUAGUGCAACGACAAAAUUUAUAACACCACAACCAAUUAAUUCCGGGCCACAGUCAACAUAUGAUUGGUAAAAAAAAAAAAUCGAAAACAAAAAAACAGCGUUAAA